UCUGUCCCGUGAAUACUAAAUACGCACCGAGAGACGAGUGGAGAAAUCGGCACGACUGUCUGAAAGAGCGACAUUCUCAUAACAUACGGUGUAAUAUUACUAGCGUUAUUGUCGGAAAUCAUUCUGUUUAGCUUGUCGAGUUUGAAAUGUUACAGUUUAGGUUCUCGAGGGCGUUAAAGGAGUUCUGCAAGCCCAGUCUAAGGCGCCUUUGGAAAAAUAAUACAGCCGCCGCCGGAGGAUGCGCGUCUUCACACAGACGAUCUCUGUGCAUGCAGACAGAUGCGGCCAACGAGAAGAGAAGGAAGGCAGGCAUUUUGCCCAGCCUGGAAGAUCUGCUGUUUUACACCAUUGCAGAUGGCCAGGAGAAAAUUCCAGCUCACAAAUUUACCACGGCGCUGAAAGCCACAGGUCUGCGUACUGGAGACCCUCGUCUUAAGGAGUGUAUGGAGAUGUUAAAAGUCACCCUGAAGACCACAUCAGAUGGUGCUCUGGAUCGACAUCUCUUCAAAAAGUGUGUGCAAAGCAACAUUGUGUUGCUAACGCAGGCAUUCCGGAAAAAGUUUGUCAUUCCUGACUUUCAGUCAUUCACCUCUCACAUCGAUCAAAUUUAUGAGAGUGCUAAAUCACUGUCGGGUGGCCAGGUGGCAGAUUACAUUCCUCAACUAGCUAAAUUUAGCCCUAAUCUCUGGGGCGUUGCCCUGUGCACUGUAGAUGGCCAACGGUACACGGCAGGUGACACGAAAGUUCCAUUUUGUCUGCAAUCGUGCGUGAAACCAUUAAAAUACGCAGUUGCUGUUCACGAUCACGGCACUGAAUACGUGCACCGAUUUAUAGGGAAGGAACCCAGCGGUCUGCGUUUCAACAAACUCUUUCUUAACGAAGAUGAUAAACCUCAUAAUCCCAUGGUAAACGCUGGCGCCAUAGUUUGCACUUCUCUCCUCAAGCAAAGCGUAAGCAACGCUGAGAAGUUUGACUAUGUGAUGAACUUUAUGAAGAACUUGGCAGGAAAUGAAUAUGUUGGUUUUAGCAAUGCUACGUUUCAGUCAGAGCGACUGUCAGGUGACAGAAACUUUGCCAUUGGUUACUACUUGAAGGAAAAGAAGUGUUUCCCAGAGGGUACAGAUAUGAUCUCCAUCCUGGACCUUUACUUCCAGCUGUGCUCCAUUGAGGUAACCUGCGAAAGUGCCAGUGUGAUGGCAGCUACCCUGGCAAACGGCGGCUUCUGUCCAAUCACGGGCGAGCGUGUGCUGAACCCCGAGGCUGUACGAGACACUCUGAGUCUCAUGCACUCCUGCGGCAUGUACGACUUCUCUGGACAGUUCGCUUUCCAUGUUGGUCUCCCGGCUAAAUCAGGUGUUUCUGGAGGCAUCCUGCUGGUGGUCCCCAAUGUGAUGGGCAUUAUGUGUUGGUCUCCUCCUCUUGACAAAUUGGGCAAUAGUGUGCGAGGAAUCCAGUUUUGCACGGAUCUGCUCCAGCUCUUUAAUUUCCACAACUAUGAUAAUUUACGGCAUUUUGCCAAGAAACUGGAUCCACGCCGAGAGGGCGGAGACCAGCGGGUCAAGUCGGUUAUCAACCUGCUGUUUGCGGCCUACACAGGAGACGUGUCAGCUCUGAGAAGGUUUGCGCUAUCGUCAAUGGAUAUGGAGCAGAGAGAUUACGACUCUCGGACGGCCCUUCAUGUAGCUGCUGCUGAAGGUCACACUGAGGUUGUGCGUUUUCUCCUAGAGGCUUGUAAGGUGAACCCAGUGCCCAGAGACAGGUGGGGUAACACUCCCAUGGACGAGGCCAUUCAUUUUGGCCAUCACGACGUCGUAACGAUCCUGCAGGACUAUCACAACGCUUACAGCCCUAAGGAGACCACUGCCGACAGCGACAAGGAGACGGCCGAGAAGAAUCUGGACGGGAUGCUGUAAAGAUGAUCUGUUGCGUUAAAACACUCCGUUUUUUUUCCCAGUGUGUCUGAGGUACAUAUUUGAGAAGAAAACAUGCAAAACACAAAAAAACCCUGUGUUGUGGUGUUUGUGUGUGUGUGUGUGUGUGUGUGUGUGUGAGAUGUGUAACCGCCGUUAACAUGGUCAUUUUGUUUUAUCUUACCCUCGGUGGAAUGUAGCCUCAUAAAGGUCUUAUUUAGCUGUAUCUUUACGUAAAUAUACAAUAUAAAUUGAAUAUACUCAAUACAUUUAUAUAGUUAAUGUGUAUUCAUUUAUGGUUUGAGAACCUUCAUAGAUGUAUAAUGAUGUCAGAUAUUUAAGAAAAGAUAUCUAGGAAAAGGCAGCUUGACUGGAGAGCGUAGCAUUGGAAGGCAUGUGUCAUUCUGAUAUUUUUUUACCUUUUUCUUUAUCCUCUACUUUAGUCUUAAUUUAGUUAUCAACAUGUAGUUAUUUAUGUGUAUCAUCUUGUGAAUAUGUUUCAACUGACACUGUUCUUUGAUUGU